AUGGAUGAAGAUACGGAUGAUGAGAGAAGCCAGGAGCUUCAGUCCAUUGCGGCCAUUUACCCCGAGAUCGUUGUGGACCCUUCUGCACCGUUUAAAGCUUCCUUGACGCUUCCAAUUUCACCACUGAAUCCUAUAAAGGCCGUGUUUCGACGAUCGAACACGGAUGCAAGUACCAAAUGCCUGCUUUCGCCUCCCCCGUCCGCGGAGCCUAGCGAUGUGAAAAUUGGAACAGACAUUAUAAAUGGAGCUACAUCUGACAGGGAGGCCGUAGAUAAUGAGGUUUAUAGCCUCUCGCAUCUUCCACCUCUCAACCUAGAAAUCGAGCUCCCGGAAGGAUAUCCAGCCGAGAAACCACCAGUCUUUUCGAUAUCCACAGACCUUAACUGGCUACCCACGCCAAAAAUUAAUAAAUUGAUCGAAGACGGAAAGACACUCUGGGAAGAAUCAGGGAAUAAUCUGGUUGUCUUUUCAUAUAUAGAUCACCUCCAAGUUGCGGCGGAGGAAGGUUUUGGGGUAAUCAAUGACUUGGAAGAUGUCGUGGUGUUCCCCCAGGAAUUAAGAAUAAGCCUGCUAGAUUUUGAGAACAAAGCUAGGAGGGAAGAGUUCAAACAGGAGACAUUUGAAUGUGGAAUUUGCCUUGAGCCAAAGAAGGGCAAAGUUUGUCAUAGGAUGCAGCGCUGCCUUCAUGUAUUCUGCGCUCAGUGCCUUCAGGACUUUUAUCAGUCAUGCAUUAAGGACGGUGAUGUUGAUAAUGUGAAAUGUCUUUCUCCGGGUUGUGGAAAGGAGAAAAUCAAUGAUAGUCAACCUGAGGUUCGCAAGAAACGUGACCAAACCCUCAGGCCUGGAGAGCUAUUGCAAAUACCCCUUCCGCUUGAGACUGUACAGCGCUAUGCUCGACUGAAGAGGAAGAAAAAGUUGGAAUCGGAUAAGACAACCAUUUACUGUCCCCGCCAAUGGUGUCAAGGUGCUGCUCGUUCAAAAAAGCACCCUAAGCCCAUAGAUUUAAUUAAUGACGAUGAAGCUUCAGAUGAGGAAGAAGAUAACGGUGUUCCAUUCGAUCCGUUAGGCGCACAAGAACAGCUACCUCCAAUGUCGGAAAGAUUGGCUGUUUGUGAGGAUUGUUCUUAUGCUUUUUGUAGCGUGUGCAAGAAGGGUUGGCAUGGCCCGAUGAGCAUAUGCUUCCCUCGGAGAGAAAUAGAGCUAUCAGCGGAGGAAAAGGCUUCCGAGGAUUAUCUCGAUAUAUAUACCUCCCGGUGUCCCACCUGCGCUGCACGAUGCCAAAAAUCAAUGGGUUGCAAUCAUAUGAUAUGUUUUCAGUGCAAUACCCACUUUUGUUAUCUGUGCUCUAGCUGGCUUUUUGCAAACAAUCCGUACGAGCAUUUCAAUACCGAGAAAACAUCGUGCUAUAUGAGGCUGUGGGAGUUGGAAGGCGGUGAUGGCGAGGGAGCUCCUCUUCAUAUAGAGGAUGCAGAUGUUGUUAAUGGUGAGAUUGAGAUGAUCGACGAUGAUGAUGAAACGGGUCACCCGCUACCUGUGCCACCACCUGCGCCUAUCCCUCCAAGGGCCAUUCCCCCAAUAAACCGAAACCGCCGACUACCUCCGCUGGAAGAAGAAAUUGGCCUAGCAAGACUGGGAUUACGCGGGGGUGAUGUACCGGUCAAUAGACGCCGAGCACAGCCACAGCAGGGUAUCCACAAUAAUCAAAACGGAGGUGUGGAUGGCCAGGUACCUCCAGAUCAGUUGCGAGGAUUGCAGCGGUUCCUAUACCUUGUUCAGCAUGACCAAGAGGACGAGUGGGACAGCGAUGAAAUGGACGACGAUUUCUGA